AAUAAAUCUUCUUUAUCUCUUCGUAAUUGUUUGCACUUUUUCUCUCUCUAGAAAUGGGAACUGCAAUAAUUCGUUCUCACGAUUGCCUCCAAGGUCGGUUUUUCCGCAACGAUACCUUAGCGAUCGCCACGUCACAUGUCAGAUCGCGGAGAAAUUCCAAUAAUAACCCUAUUCUCAAUUCCUAUGCCUACCAGAACCGCCGGCGAAAGCGAAGUCCGGUGGCCGCCGUUCAGGCCAACUGUCAUUACGGCGGUCGGAGACGAUCCGGAGAUCGAUUUACGGCACCGACGAAAGUUCCAGCCACCGCGAAUAUUGUCAUGGGACAAGUUAGGAUUCUCAAAAGAGGCGAGAAGUUGAGCCCGGAGAAUAGCCACCGAGGACUUGAGGUUGCUGUUCCGGCGGAGAACCGCAAGGCGAAGGUUAAGAGCGAGGAGGAUCUCCAUUUGUUCUUAGGCUCGACGCAUCGGUUGGGUCCGGAUCCCGUGACCGUGCAGAAGCAGGUUAGGGUUUCGGAUUCGAAGGAUGGGAUCUAUGCUGGAUCAGCGUUUGUUGCGUCUCCGCCUCCGAGCUCCGUUCCGGUUCCUGGAUUUUUGGGGAAGAACGGCGCGGCCACCAGUGAUUUGAGGCGGUUGCUGAGGCUUGAUUUGGAAUGAUUAGUUGAUUUCGUUGUUUUUGGAGUUUGAUUACUUUCUUCCUAAGUAGAUGAUGGAUGGUUAAUUGCUCGCAUGGUCUCUAACGCGCUUCCUUUAUUUUUUCAAGAGGAUAGCCGUUAGGUGCGAAGCACAUGAAGAAAACUUUGAAAGCAAAGCAGAAGUUGUAGGAAUAUGAAGAUUUGAUAUUCAGCUCCUGAAAGGGGGCUUAGUCAGUUAGGUACCCCACCGUUAGUUCAUAUGUUUAAGACAGAAGGGUUGAGAGAAGAAUGAAUCUCUUGUAAAUUCCCCUUGCCAGUCUUAUAUACGCGAAUCUAUCUAGUAUUUGAAUUUAGAAUGUUUGUUUCUGUAGUGUCGGUGUUGGAUUUUCAUAUGGAAGAAGGAAGUUUGAUGUGUGUUGUUUCUUUCAACUAGUUGUAAUACAAUAAAAAAACUUGUGUCAGCAACACUAUUGUUAGUUGCUUUAAUGUCAGAUAUUUAUAUAUUAUUACCUUUUGAUUAUCAUCCUUUGUCUGAAUAUUACACAUCGCGUUUUAAUCUCAAAUGCAUGUUGAAUUGCUCGAUUAUUUCCAGGGUUGUCUGAACUCUGAAGGCACCGAUUUUCAGACAUACAACACAAGAUCUGAUUAGUGAGUUUGGUGUUUUUGGAAUUACCAUAAGAGGACGUCAUUCAUGUUUAAUGCUUUUGAUUUUAUUUCGCAACACAGGCAUUUUAAAUUGCAUCUGCUGGAGCAGACGAACCUAACUUGGCGUUGCCACUCGACUUCUCUACCUGAAUUGCUAAAUCCAAAGGAAGUGAAAGAAAAAAGAAGAAGAAGAAGAAGAAAAGAUUUGAAUACAGAUGGUGAACCUUUAUCGCGGAACAUCUCUUUUGUGGUAUUACCAGCGAAGAACAGUUUGGUUUCUCAUUUUAUCUUCUUCAUCUGCCUGAUUUAAUUCAUAUGUGAUCGGUGUAUGGAGGGUAACUGGAUUCUGUUCUGUAAAAGUUAAUAGUGUGAGUUUUUCAGGAUUCCUGUUGCUAGAGAGCUUUAGUUCCUCGCUGGAAAUACUAGUUGAAGUAUCUAAGUAUGCAACUUUCGCUUCUUUCCUCCUCCUUUGGUUAUUUUACCUGGAAAAUUCAUUACAAAG